AUGCUGCUCCGUAUUCUAUGUUUAUGUCUAUUAAUCGUAAAUCCAGUUGAUCUAUCCAAUAUCGAACAAGAGCAAAUAACUCGCCUUAAAUGUAGUGAUUUGUUAGUUGGUCAAUAUCGUUGCCAACAUCCGACAAUAGAUGAAUCUACUCAAGAACCACGAGGUUGUAAACGAUACAAUUAUACUUGGAAUGAUGAAGUGAAGUUCGUUGAUAUGGCUCCUAUUCAGUGCUAUACAGCACCAGGGAUUGUUUGUGACGGUGGUGUUUACAAUGACACACUUGAUGGAUAUGUAUUCGAAAGAAAUACAUCGUGUCGAUGGACAAAUGGAAAAUACUAUCGAACAACGUUGGCUUUGUCAUUAUUUCUCGGUGUUUUUGGUAUUGAUCGUCUCUAUCUGGGAUAUUAUGUCACUGGUUUAUUGAAACUAUUCACGUGCGGUUUUAUGUUAGUAGGUGCUCUAGUCGAUUUUUUAUUGAUUGCACUUCAAGUUUUGACUCCUGCAGAUGGUUCGCAUUAUAUUAUUGAUUAUUACGGACCACGUCUACUUUGGACGGAGUUCAACGAAACUCGAACUUAUUUAAAACCGCAACAUUAUUAA